AUGGGUGAAGGUCCUCUCAGUCGUUCACUGCUUGACACUCCAGUUCACUACAAAUAUGCAGUCCCUACGCGUUGCACAUACCGCCCGGAUCACUCACGACAUCCAACAAGUUUUCUUUCUAGCAAAUAUUAUACCGUACCUACCUACUGCCAGUCUCACAGACGAUCGUGCCAAACAUCACCAAUUCGCACAACAGAGAUGUGUCUCUGCACUCAGUAUGAUUCUCAUUGCGGUCAUUCAUGGGUAUCCCAGACUACACCAUGCGGCUACCUUCGCGACUUCCUCAACUGUUCGCAGCGUCAGAUCGUUCAGAUGUGUAUUGCACCCCCAGGAACAUGCCCACAAUGCUUCGCUGGAUUCGCCAACCCGGAAAACAUCGAGAUGAUCCAAGGGCCAUGGGGCUGUAACCAAAUGAUCAGGAGCCAUCUCGGCGACGCUCACGUCAUUCCCGGGCACUGGGGGAACAUCAAUCUCCAACCGCAGCUUUGGGGGAAUGAUCCAAUGACGAUACCGGGAAACUGGGGGCCCCAGCCGAUGAUGGGAAAUGGCUGGGGCGACCAACGUCUGACGGGGCCCGGAGGACCGGUUCCCAGCAUUAUGGCGGGACAUGGUGGCAUGUUCUAUGAUGAUUAUGGGGAUGGAGGGCCUUUGUUCUAUGAAGAUGAUAGGAGAAGACGGCAUAGGAGGGACGAAUACCACAUUCGCAAGUACAAACAUAGCAUUAACCAUGGUGGGAGCUGUGCUGUUAUCCCAGCCCCGCAAAACGCCAGACACGUCAAAGGUACCUCCUUCGGCCCACUCGCUUUGCUCUGCAACUCUCACUAUCCGACCAAAACUUCGAUUUCAGGCUUCCGGAUUUCGCACCAGAUCUAUCAAAGCUGCAACGUGGUACUGUUUGCGCGAACUGUUUAUCUGGCCCGAUUUCCAGGCACCCGUUCUCUGUUCCACGCGGGGCAGUACAAGAACGUCACACUGACCCGUGUGAAUCCGUUUUGCACAUACUCACCAAGCACUUCGCUCACGCUUGCCUUUCUACACCAAUACUUCGCACCAAAGAACUACUUUCAAAAUCAAAGAACGAUGGCUGCUGUGGCUGGCUUCCUAGAAAACCUCUUCAACUCCAUCUUCACUCCGGGUCCUACGCCGACGCUCCUGGUCGCGACCAACGCCAGCUUCGCUGCACUGCAGCUCCUCUUCGCAGCUCUACUCUUCGCCACCUACAGCAUCCACUUUGUGAUUCUUUCGGUACUCUGCGGAGGCCUCUGGUGGGCUAUCAAUUGGUUUGCGGGCGAGAUACGGGAAUUGCAGGCCAAAGACGCUGAAGCCAAACGCGCCAAGGAGGCGAAGAGAGACAAAGAUGGGGUGAGAGAUGAGGACGGUAUGGACAGCGGAGACGAUACAGAAGUGGACACGGAGGUGGAGCAGACCAGCAAGGCGAAAGCGAAGAGCAAGGCCACGCAUUCGCAGAGCCAGGGCCUCGGUAAGAAGCCGAGCCUCAAGUCCAGCACGAAGGCAUCGCGUGCGCCAAAGCCCGAGACUCAGAGUACUGUUUUCGUGGAGAAGCCUAGUGAGGCAGAGUAUCCGGGUGCGGGUCGAGGCCGAGAGGCGACACCCAUUCAGUCGAGCUCAGGACCUGCGGGUGUGAGUACCACGGGGGCGAGCACGAGGUUAGAGCCACUAGUGGACGAUGCGCUCAAGAAGCGCAAAAGUCUGGGGGAGAGCACGGGUGAGCUGAGUACAGAUAGCGAGUGGGAGAAGCUAUCGCAGGAUUCUGGAGAAAGAUGAUGGGAUUGAAGCGGGCAGUCGAAGGCGCAGACAGGACGCGACAUGUGUAUACCCCAUUUUUACUGUUUUUCUAGAGGUUUUUGGGCACCUUGUAGAGUUGCCAUGCUACCGUUUGAUUUGAUAUUGGGUGUGCUGUAUGCUAAGGUCUUCAUUUCGGGUUGAAUUAUGAUUUGAUGCGAAUACUUGCGCCAGCUCUACCGUGUAUAAAGAUGUUGCCCGUUCGCAUGCACCGUGUCUAUCACAGUACCCUAAUUCACGACAAGCUUCAUC